GUAGAGGGAGAGAAAGAGGGGAUCGGAUUGAAAACAGAUCAGCCUGAAGAUCUCACCACCGCAUGUCUAGAACAACUGUCGAUUAAAAUCGAGUCUUUCAGCGAAAACACGCAAUGCGCUUUCAUAUGAAAAAGCGCAAAAGGGAGUGAGAACUUUACUGCUUGAAGAUGAUGGAUUGUAAAAGUUAGAUGCGAGUAUAAAUGCGCCCCUCCGAAUUAAAUUUGUUAUCCGAGGGAUGCAGUGCCCGUAAUUUCGAGUAGAAUUUCAAACUUUUCUUGAAGUGCACCUCAAUGGAUUUUUUUCAAAGGGACAUAUCCUGUCCAAGCGGUUUUGAUUGAAAAAGUAGAGUUUCAGUACUAUAGUUCCCGGAUUCUUUGCGGAGAAUCAUCGGACAAAGUGAACAAGAGAACAGGGUCUAAAUAAAUCAUUCAAGGUUGACUCUGACUCCCUGCUGUCCACCAUGGAGACCUCUGCUCCGACAGCCACUGAGAAAAAGGAGCAUAAGGGAUCAGGUCUGGAUGGAAGCAGUUUCUCAGACCUGCCAAAGAAACCAUCUCCCACUACUGUGACCAGAGGUCCUCACCAUCUCUUCCCCACGUUUCACACACCGAUCCCAAUCGAUAUGCGUCACCACGAGGGGAGGUAUCAUUACGAGCCACAUCCCCUCCACGCCAUGCAUGGACAUCAUGGCCUAGCAGGCAGCCCGGUCAUCUCAGACGGCAUCUCUCUGAUCCGUCUGUCCCCCCACGCAGCAGGGACGGGGGAUUCCCCCUUCAGCCCCCCUCACUCCUACGUCCACCCCCAGAUGGAGCACUACCUCCGCUCCAUGCACAGCAGCCCCACCCUCUCCAUGAUCUCUGCUGCCCGCGGACUCAGCCCUGCAGAAGUGACCCAUGAGCACCUGAAGGAGCAUGGUCUGUUCAGCCUGCCCCCUCCACCUCCAGGUGCCAACCCUACAGAUUACUACCACCUCAUGGCCAGUGGCAGGAGCACUUACGGAGACCUCAUCAUGCAGACCGGGGCGGCCGCAGCAGCAGCAGCCGCAGCAGCACACCUGCCCGACUACAUCAGCCCUGUGGACGUGUCCCGGUUCUCCAGCCCCAGACUGAACCCCAGGCUGAACAGAAAGCGAGCCCUGUCCAUCUCCCCUCUCUCAGACGCCAGCAUCGACCUGCAGACCAUGAUCCGUACCUCGCCCAACUCCCUCGUGGCCUACAUUAACAACUCACGCUCCAGCUCUGCAGCCAGCAGCUCCUACGGACACCUGUCAGUCAGCGGCAUCAGUCCGUCGUUCACUUUCCCCCACCCCAUCAACCCCAUGGCCUACCAGCAGCUGCUCAGCCAGCAGAGAGGCCUGAGUGCGUUCGGCCAUACUCCUCCCCUUAUCCAGCCCUCGCCCUCAUUCGCUGCCCGCCAGCAUGCCCACGCCCUGGCAGCCUCCACCCUCAACACCACCCACAACACCUCCAGCUCUGAGUCCAACCAGAAUGCUGGUGGCGACCCGGCGGUGAGCAGCACAGUCAACCCCAUGAUCACCAAGAGGCACAAGGUCAAGACAGAGGCAGAAGGACCCCGGCCCAUAUCACCAUGCUUUCAGGAGCAUGUCCUGGACCUGAGUGAGGAGCUGGACAAAGAUGAGUGUAAGCAGGAGCCAGAUGCUGUCUACGAGACCAACUGUCACUGGGUCGGCUGCAGCAAGGAGUACGACACCCAGGACCAGCUCGUUCAUCAUAUCAACAAUGACCACAUCCAUGGGGAGAAGAAGGAAUUUGUGUGUCGCUGGGAUGAGUGCUCGCGGGAACAGAAGCCCUUCAAGGCUCAGUACAUGCUGGUGGUCCAUAUGAGGCGACACACUGGAGAGAAGCCACACAAAUGCACAUUUGAAGGAUGCUGUAAGGCCUACUCUCGCCUGGAGAACCUGAAAACCCAUCUGAGGUCUCACACAGGGGAGAAGCCUUACGUCUGUGAACACGAGGGCUGCAACAAAGCCUUCUCCAACGCCUCAGACAGAGCCAAGCACCAGAACAGAACUCACUCCAAUGAGAAACCCUACAUCUGUAAGAUCCCUGGGUGCACUAAGCGCUACACAGACCCCAGCUCUCUCAGGAAGCAUGUGAAGACGGUUCACGGACCUGAGGCCCACGUCACCAAGAAACAACGUGGCGAUGUGCCCCCCAGGGGUCCUCCUAAGGGGAAUGGAGAGAACGAGGCAAACGCCAAACAGAGUGGUAGAGGGAUGGAUGGAAAAAUGGAGGCCAACAGCACCAUUAGAGGAGCAGAAGACUGCCUGCAGGUCAAGUCAAUCAAGACUGAGAACUCAAUAACGUAUCAAUCCAGCCCGGGCGGUCACUCGUCAUGUAGCAGUGAGCCGUCGCCACUUGGCAGUGCCCACAACAAUGACAGUGGAGUAGAGAUGGCCCUGCACAGUGGGGGCAGCUUUGGGGACCUGAGUGCACUGGACGACCCUCCCAUGGUGGACUCCUCCACCCUCUCCCCCCGCAACUCGGUGGGGGUGGGUCUUGGGCUUCAUAAAGGGGGAGGAGUCACCAUCAAGCUGGAGAACAUCAAGAAGGAGAGGCUGAAGAAUGUGAGGGACUCUUGUCCCUGGGCCAACUCUGGUUCUCAGGCACCUCAGGUCCGAAACACCAAGCUGCCUCCCAUUCCUGCUGUUGGUUCCCUUCUGGAAAACUCUAAUAUGAUCGCUCCACACGGGCCCUACCCUGGUCAGCGUCUUGGUGACCUGUCAUCAUGCGAGGUGACCAUGCUGAACCAGCUAAACGAACAGGGCCGCCGGGACAGCAACACCAGCACUUCCAGCUCAGCCUACAUCAGCCGGCGCUCCUCUGGCAUAUCCCCCUGCUACUCCAGCCGCCGCUCCUCCGAAGCCUCGCAGUUCAGCAACCGCCACAACAACAUCAGCUCAGCCGACUCCUAUGACCCCAUCUCCACAGACCUGUCCCGUAGAUCCAGCGAGGCCAGCCAGUGUGGAGGUGGAAACCUCUCUAGUUUGCUCAGCCUCACCCCUGCCCAGCACUACCAUCUCAAGGCCAAGUACGCUGCUGCAAUCGGGGGAGCUCCACCUACACCUCUGCCCAACAUGGAGCGUAUGAGCCUCAGGACCAGGAUGGCCCUGUAUGGGGACCACGCCCAGGAAAGAGAGGGCCUAUCCCACUCUCAACUGUUCCACCCACCUACCGCAUCAGUUCCCAGACGCUGCAGUGACAUCGGCUACGGUAGCCAUAGCAUGAUGCCCCACGAGGUUCCUGGGAACCUUCCCCGGCGAGCCAGCGACCCCGUCCGCAGACCUACCCUAGACCCACUGUCCCUUCCACGAGUCCAACGCUACAACAGCAUGAACAGUAUGAACCCCAACAGUAUGAUGCCUCCUCCCUCUGCCGACCGCCGGGGCCUGGCCAUGCAGAGCUACACGCGAUCUGACGGAAGCCUGCACCACCACCCCUUCGCCCCACGGCCCCCCAGCAUCUCAGAGAAUGUGGUGAUGGAGACCAUGGCCGUGGACGGGCUGGACCAUGCAGGAGAUGAGGACAUGGUGCUACCUGAUGAUGUCGUACAGUACCUCAGGUCUCAGAACACUGGCCCCGGCCAAUCAGCAGGCCCCGCCGACUACGCCAACAGUCAAUCACAAGGCGGCUUCCAGGUCCAGAGGAAUAUGACCUCCUCCCAACAGCAGUUCUAUGGGCAGAGGAGGAUGGCCAUGGUGGAUGCCAACAUGCCCCUGUCUGGGUCAGGCCAGGCUCCCCUACCCCCCUACCAGAUGAGCCCUGGGUCUGGCUCCCAACAGCAGCAGUACCCAGCCUCUCACAGUAUGAACAACAAGAACAACAUGCCAGUCCAGUGGAACGAGGUUAGCUCAGGGACUGUGGAUGCUACAGCCACCUCCAGACUCACCAAGCAGAACCUCCUCAGAAACAACAACCUGGCCAUGGUCCAGCAGAGACAAAACUUUGGGCAUUUCCAGGGUAGAAUGGGUAGUAACAGUAAUCAGCAGGUGAUGCCCAUGAACCAGAAUAUGGUGCUACAAGGCUACACCCAGAGAAGCAACUCCCAGUGGAUCAACUCUGUCCAACAGCAACAAAGGCAGCCAUGCAGCAUGAACUAUCCUGAGCAGAUGAGUCCCCAGCAGGGAUAUGGCCAAGAGAUCAUCCCUGUCCCUAACUCUGAAUCUGGGAAUGGCAGCCUACGACCCAACUUUAAUGGCAUGGCACUGCCCAAUGGCAGGGUGAUGGCUACACACAACAAUCCUGAUACGCAGAUCUACAGGUCAAGGACUCAGGUUGAAAGCUCUGCCCCCCACAUGAUUCAGGUUGACCAGCAGAACUACAGUAUUUCUUCUCAGCAGCAAGACGUCAAUACUGGGAACAGAGCUGGGAUGCAGCCCAGGCCUCCCAUGGAGCCCAAGUCUAUGAGCAGUAGACAACACUCAGGGUCCAGAAGUAUGAUGCAGCAGAACCGUUUCCCUCAGUCUGACUUACAUCACAACACCUCUGAGGCCAGUCCAAAGAGGCCGGGUGGCACCGCAGCACAUACCGGCGGACAUAACAGAGACUCAAACUCCAAUGCUUCAAUGUUUUAUGCCGGCCAGAUCCAGAUGUUUGAACCCAAUAACAACCACAAUGUGAGCUUCAACUCCCCCAUGUCCCCCUUCAUGGGCCAGACUCCGGGAGGCACCACUGUUACCAUGGCAUCUCCAGGGGUCAACCAGGUCACCAGCACCGUUGACUCAUCCGGCUCCUCUGGAUCGAUCUCUGGGGUGGAGCAUACCCAGAUCGACUUUGACGCCAUGUUGGAUGAUGGAGACCACUCCAGCCUGAUGUCAGGGACCCUAAGCCCCGGACUCCUCACCAGCCUGUCCCAGAAUUCCUCGAGGCUUACCACCCCCCGUAACUCUGUGACCCUGGCCUCUGUGCCAGCAGGGAUCGGUAAUAUGGCCAUCGGAGACAUGAGCUCCAUGUUGACCACCCUGGCUGAGGAGAGCAAGUUCCUCAACAUGAUGAGCUAAGGCCUUGGCUGUAUCACAAUAAUCUCUCCUUUCUCCCGAACUGUGCACUUGUUCACUUCCCUUCUUGGAUUUGAAAGAAAAUGUAUGGAAACUCCCUCUAGCAUAGCCCAUGCCCCACCAAUCCAAUGCUUUUAAUUUUGUGGGGAGUAGGGAAAGAGUGCACACUUCGGAAGGAAAGAAAGAUUAUUGGGAUGCCCCAUUGUGUAUUCGGACCAUUUCAAGGAAAAUGUACUAUAAAAGCACUGAUUAUAUGUAACAAUAAGGAAAUAGUUACUCUUCAGGAGCAUGUCGAUCUCCGCUGGCCUGUAUAGAGACUUUGCUUAUCCAGUAAUAUGUCAUAUUUGCUCAAGUACAUUUUAAGUAGUGUUUGUGUUGAGAAAGUAAGUAUAGUAAAGACAUAAGGAACAUUUUAAAGACAUAAGGAGCAUUAUCACUGUUUUGAGAAGCCAUACUUUGUAUCUACGAAUAAGAAUAGACCAGGGUAUAAAAAUACAUCAGCAAAUAUGUGUCCAUUGCUCCGUAUUUGUUGAUGUUUGUUACUCUUUAAAAAGCAGUGCACUGAUAGCAGUGCACGAAGUGCCUUGCUAAAUAGAUCAUGUUUGAAUAAUAUGUGAAUUCAUGAAACAUACAUACAUGUAACGACCUUUGAUCAUGUUUAUAGAUAUACUGUAUGGUACGUACUUUAAAUUAUGUUAAAGAGACUUGAUUAUUGCAAGCUAAGUACAAUAUGAUGCAACUAUUGAACAUUGUGAUGCUACAUUGUUAACAUCCAUCCAUGUAUAGAGGAGCUUGCAGAGGAACAGGAUCACAUGCAAAGCUAGAGCCGGUUUUCGUGGACCCAGAUUAAGCCUAAUGAAGGACUAAAAACCAUCCUGAGUGGAGAUUCUCAAUUGAAAGUGAUUUUUAGUCCAGGACUAUGCUUAAUCUGUGUAUGUGAAACCAGCCCCUAGUGUGCAGGAGAUGGCCACUUGUCAUACUGUAUAAAAUAUCUUCCAAGUGCCCUCCAGAAGCUGUACAGUAAUUUCUAAGGACCCUCCUCUUUGUGAGACUGACUGUAUGAUAAAAAAAAGGACAGAGAUCUGCCUCAGUGUAAAUCAGUCUGUGGAGACACACGCUAACCUGGACUCAGGGGUAGAUGUAGCAUAGUAAAUUUAAAUACGGGACACUCCUAUUAGUAGGAUAUGUAUUAAUUUGUGGAUGCCCAUCAUCCAUUUCGGAUGGUAUGUUAUGAAUUACAAUCCGUAUGAUAUGUUACGAAUUGCAAUUCUUACAAUAUUUAAAGAAUUGCAAUUCGUUCAAUAUGUUACAAAUUUGCAAAACGUAUGAUAUGUUACGAAUUCCAAUUUGUUGUGCUUAGCUAGGUGGUAAGGUGGCUAAUGCUAACGUUAGCUGGGUGGCCAAUGUUAGCUAGACUAGGGAUUAAAGUUAGCAGUUGGAUUAAAGGAUUAGGGGAAGGGUUAGCUAACAUGCUAAGUAGUUGCAAAGUAGCUAAAAGUAGUAGGUAGUUGCAAAGUUGCCAAAAUGCUAAAUUUGUGAGAUUCGAACACUCAACCUUUGGGUUUCUAAGCGUUUGUGUUAUACGCCUGCCCACCCAUCCUGACCAACCGCCCUACUUUAAUUUUUGCCUUAAGUAACCUUUUCUCUUAUGUAACCAAUCCAAACUUAACACAUCCUAAUUUGAGUAUCCCUGAUUUACAUUUACUAUGUUACGUCUAGUCUAUUAGACCAGGGUGUACACACAGACCCUGUGCCUGUCUAGGAUGUAUCAGAUCUCUGAAGGAAUAUGCUAGUACUCCAUGUGUACUCGGUGGACAUGAUUACACACUAAUUUGUGGAUUUAUUACCCCUCCCUACUCCCUGGGCUAGACAUGGACUAUAUGGAGAAUCAAAUAAGGAAUGAAUUACUUUGAUUACAAAUCAUAUCAAGAACAAUGAUACACCGCAACCUCCUCAGUUUUUAUUUUAGUUUGCUUGCUGGAAUUAAAGUAGCCUUACCGUAUGUACAGGUAUGCUGCCCAUCCAUUUUACUAUUGUGUGUGUGUGUGUGUGUGUGUGUGUGUGUGUGUGUGUGUGUGUGUGUGUGUGUGUGUGUGUGUUGUAUAUAGCUUUUGUACAUUUCAAAUACAGUAUCUCAGUUUUUUCUGUUUUAACCAAA